AUGGCGUACGUUGUGCCUGAACGCAACCAUAUUUCACCGUUUAACAUUUUGCUAGGAACAAUUUCCAGUCAGCUCAGUCGCGAAAAUAUACACAAGAUUAAGAUUUCACUUCGCGGACAUGUCAACAAAGAACUGCUAGGUAAACUAAAAGGUGGCUUCGAUUUGAUUCACAUUCUACAAGACCGCGGUCUAGUUACCGAGAAAAAGCUGUCCUUCUUGCGAAAACUAUUGCAAGACUGCGAACUGCCUUCGUUGAUAGAUCUACUAGAUGAGUACAAGCAAGCAAUGCAUCUUAUGAAUGGUCAAUCUAAAGAAGGUACAGUUAUAAAAUAAUAUAAAGCUGAGUUUCUGUUUCAAUCUUACAUUGAUCACUCAUACCCGUUUAGACUUUGGUGAGUGAGAAUAUGUAGGCAUUUAACUGACAAGUAUGGGAAAAAAUACUUAAUCACUUUACACUCAUCCGUGUCGAUUUCAAGACAAUAAGCUCAAAUAGCGUUGCAAUUACAAAAGUGAAUAUAAUGAAUAAUAUUUACUUUCCCGCAUGAUUUGUUGUUAAUUAUCCUCGGAAGAUUUUAUUCUUUUAGUGUGAUCAUUCUUAUGAAAUCUAUCGGACAGUACUUUUCUUUGGUGGUGAGACAAACGAUAAAACUAAACCGUUUAUAGAUUUUAUCCACGAUGAUUAAUAUCUUUCAUGACUUUAUUUUUUUAGUAAGUAAGCUGGUAAGUAAGCCGGUUUUAACUUUUCAGUCUGCGGGUGCCGAUCAUAUGAUAGCAAAUGGUCAGAAUUUUACGACCUAACUGCUCGCUUAGGAAUCAAUAUGGUUCUGUAACUUCUUAGUCAGUAAUCUAAAUUGCCAGUUCAAAUAGACUGGCGUGCUACUACGCAUUGCCUUUCAUUUUUAUUAAAAUCGGUCGGUUGUUGCUUUUCAGUCUCUAAAUUAAAUCUUUCUAAAAAGAUCCAUUUGGCGCACGCUAGCUGCACAGUGCAAUUCUAAAUUUGUGGAUUAAUCCCUAAGUGUGGCUAUUCACCGAAUGAAACAGAUGAACUGUACUGUUAUUUACUAAUUACUUCACUGUGGAACUGUUGACUGUCCUUUACAUAAGGUGAUUUUACCUUUAAUUGGCAGCUACACUCUUUUUUUUUUAUAAGAAUAUUGUUUUCCCGGGCCAGGCUGAAUAUUCUUAUUUUUCCGCCGAUUUUAGGCUGUAAAUAUUCUUGUAUUAUUCUUAGUAAUAGCUUAUGACAUUUCCGUUUCAGAAUAUAUUAAGGUAUCAAUUAUAGUUUUGUUAAAUAUAGUUAGCUAGUUUUGCCGUUUAAAGAAAGGAAUAAAUUAAAAACGUAUAUUUGUAUUGUAUUUACAGAUUUUCACCACACGAAAUUAUAUCCUUUUCAAAAUCUCAGCCUGGAGUUUAUUCUUAAAGUAUUCUUAAGAUUUCGCAAAUUUCAGCCUCGAUAUUCUUAUAAAAUAUAUUCUUAUAGAAAAAAAAGAGUGUAUCAGCUUAGCAUGCAGGACACUACAGUGCCGAUACUUUUUUUCGCUAGGCAAAGUUGUUCUAACUCAAUCUUCAGGCAGUGAGGGUUUUCAAAAGAACAAGUGUUAGUAACGUAGCUAUCUAUUUGUGUUUGAAUUAGGUGAUCACAGUGCCCUAAAGACUCGCAGGAUAAACGCUCUGCAAAGGCUAAUGACAAGACAGCUGGAAGAUUUGGCGAACUGUGCCGCAAGAGGCGAGGAUUUAAAAAAGUCAUUGGAAGAGAAACAAAUGUUGGUUGACACGCAGAAAGAAAUAAUAAUUGUUGGUCAGGAAGCUAUCGACAGCAUCACAGAACAGCGGGAAGUGGCGAUACAAGAAAGGAGUGUUGUUGAAGAUAGAGCACAAGAAAACGAAGCCAUGCUUGAGGCACAGGAAAAGGAACUCAAAGAAAUUCAGAGUUUGUUAGGAGCAAAAGAGAAGAAAUUCCAAGAAAAAUCGUGGGGAAAGGUAGAUACGAGAAAAAACGUCUUUGAAAGUGUUUUGAAUAAACACUCUAAAGAAAAGGCGAACAGGACAAUAGAGACUCUUAGUAAACAAAAAGAUGAAAAACAAGAAACACUAAAUAAAACUAUCAAGUCUGUGGAUGAUACUCGAAAACAGCUGUUGGAAAGACGAAGUUAUGUUCGACAGUGUAGCGAGGCAGUUUUUCUUAAAACCAAAGAGCUAGCUGGAGUUGAUCAAAUUAUUUUGGAGACGAUAGAAGACGUUAGGAAAUUGAAACAGCAAAUUCGGCAAAACGAGUUUGAAUUAUUUGAUCUUCAACAUCAAGUCGAGGAAACACAAGACGAGCUGGAGCGAACCAAGGGAGACGGAAUUGCUAAUAAAGCUUUUAAAAUUCCAUUGUGGAGGUUAGAGACAGUUAACAAGCCAAAAUCAAAGGUGAGGCUCAAUACUCGAUAAAAAGUAACGUUACUGUGUUGAACAACACAGCAACAGUAUGUAACCAGUAACAAUCCCAGAAGUCUUUGAGAAAGUCAACUUGGCCCAGUCUCCAUCUCGUUUCUAAAGUGGCGAAUGCACACAAACAUGCGCACUGGCUUAGAGCGCGUUCGUUUGACAGCUUCCUGUAAGAAGAAUAAAUAGGAUAAACUGCAUAAACUGCAGUUAUUUACCUUGCUCAGGCAUUUAUUUCAUAUUGUAAACAAUUAUUGGAUGAGGUUUUUGUGAUAUCUGGAACUGGACAUCACAAAAACCGAAUCUAAUAAUUGCUUUAUUAUACAUUGUUUUCACGAAAAUAACGACAAACACAUCAUCACAGGAACACACGUUGCUCUUUAGUUAGACACUGAAUCAUACAUUGCAUGCGCAACUUACAGAUUAGUGAGUAAUCUGCUAGCAGAUAACUAACUAAUCUGUAGGUUGCGCUGAUUCAAAAUUAGCUGCAGGUUCUUAGCCAAUACGAAGACAGACAGAGGUUACAAUGUAUAAUAAUAAUAAGAUGUAUUCAGAUACGUAACGAAAUUUAACCUGAGUUAUUCUAUUUUCAGGUGCUGAAAUACUCUGAUGUUCUUCCCGAAAAUUCCUAUUCUCUUGGUUCUCCGGGCAUGCGCAGUGUCCCUCUUCAGUUCGACUUCCCAUGCUGCGUAGCAAGCUACAAAGGGCACAUCUAUGCCGCUGACCGCAAUAACUGUCGUGUCUUAGUGUUCGACCCUGUUGGGGAACUAAUUCGCCAACCAAUCGAAUUCGGAAACACGGGACCCGUGGCUAUUGACGUUAAUAAACGAGGGAAUAUUGUAGCUACAGAUUCUCAGAUAAUUAAAGUUUUUAGCUCCGAUGGUGCCCUGUCCCAUAAUUUUCUUCCAGUCUACAGUAAAAAGGACAAACGUCCAGAAAUAUCUGCUUUGACCCUAGACCGCGAUGGAAAUAUUCUAGUGGCGGACAGACCAAAUCACAGAAUACAGAAAUUUCGAAUCGACGGACAUUUCCUCGGCUUCAUUGGCGGUUCCAUGUAUCUGCAGUAUCCCAGCGGUGUAGCCGUCACAAAAUCGAAUGACGUCAUCAUUUCGGAAUGCGAGAGACAUCAACUUAAACUCUUUCGUGAAUAUUCAAAGUCGUUUACAGUCAUCGGUCGAAGCGGGGCUGGAAAAGAUCAAUUAAUGAACCCUAGGGGACUAGCUGUAGAUAACGUGGGAAAUAUUCUAGUAGCUGAUAGCUUGAAUCACCGUAUUCAAGUGAUUGAUCCAGAGGGAAAUUUCAUCACUAGUUUUGGAAGGUUGGGUUCAAGUCCCGGCUGCUUGGAUACCCCGUAUGCAGUAGCUGUCAAUCGUUGCGGUCACGUGAUAGUUGCAGACAGUGGCAAUCAUCGAAUAACAUGUUUUACGUAG